AUGGCAACGAUGAAAGCGCUCACAAUUAAAGAGAAAGGCGGUGCCCCAGUCCUCAUCGAGCGUCCAAUUCCCUUCGUCCGCCCAACAUACAUGCUAGUCAAGGUAGCAGCAGUCGGCUUGAAUCCAGCCGACGCCUUAUGUCUGGAUUACGGCAUGAAUGUGCCCGGCCACAUGAUGGGUUGCGACUGGGCCGGCACAGUCGUCGAGGUCGGCGAGGAUGUCACACGCGACUUCAAGCCUGGUGAGCGAGUGGCAGGAAUGUGUCGCUCUGCAGAGCCAUUUCGCGAUGAUGUAGGCUGCUUCAGCGAGUAUGCCGUGGUCAAAGCCGAUCUCGCGUUGCAUAUACCGGAUUCGAUGCCUUUCACCGAUGCUGCUGCGCUGGGAGUCGCUGUAGUGACAACGGGACGGUGUCUGUUCGAUACAUUCAACAUCCCCUAUCCAGUCGUCUCACCAGAAGGCAAGCUCAGUCCACCAACAAGCACAGCCCCCCAGCAAAUCCUAAUCUACGGCGGCUCGACCAGCAUGGGCACCCUCACAACCCAAUUCGCCAAACUCGCUGGCCUGCACGUCCUCACCACGUCCUCCCCCACCAACCACGCCAUGGUCAAAUCCUUGUCCAAUCCAGACUUUAUCGUCGACCACUACUCGCCCUCUGCGCCCGCGGAACUCCUCGCCGAGUCCCAACGCUUGACCCCGACGCACGGCCCCCUCAGAAUGUGCAUGGACACCAUCUCCUCCGCUUCUUCCGCGGUCUUCUGCUGCAAGGUCCUCAACCCCUCCGCCAUGCCGCCUGGGCUAGACACGCCUGUGGAAUGGGUUCCUGCGCACGUGGAGUCGGACUUGACGUAUAGCACGAUCGGACCACUCACGCCGCCGCUACCGGGCAUUCAGACCAAGCGCAGGAUUGGGUUUUCGUUCUUGGGGGAGGAGUGGGCGAUGCUGGGGCCUGUGCAGCCGGCGAAUGUGGGGGAUUUUGAACGGAGUAGGGCGUUUGCGGUUGUGGCGGAGCGGUGUCUCGCUGGUGGACUGGUCAAACCGCAUGUGAUUGAGGUGCAGGAGGGAGGGUUGGAAGCGAUUCCGGGCGGGAUCGAGAGGUACAGGAAGGGGCUGGUUAGCGGGAGGAAAUUGGUGUAUGUGGUCUGA